AUGUCGCAAUCAUUAGCUACUCAUGGUUUCAGUUGGAUGAAAGAUUUAACAAUAGAUUCUGUAAUUGAUUUAUUGGAUAAAAAGAGAAACCCAGAAGUGAAAAAAGGUUAUAUAUUUGAGGUAGAUUUGGUAUAUCCCCAUAAACUAUGGAAAUCACAUAAUGACUAUCCUCUCGCACCUGAGAAAAUGAAUGUUAAUGGUGUUGAAAAACUAAUUUGUCAUUUUAAACCAAGGAAAAACUAUGUAGUACAUUAUCGAAAUCUAGGACAAUAUCUUGAGAUGGGAAUGAGACUAACUGCUGUUCACAGAGGAACAUCAUUCAAUCAGAGUUCUUGGAUGGAACCUUACAUCAGAAAGAAUACAGAACUUAGAAAAACAGCAGCUAACAGUUUUGAGAAAGACUUUUUUAAACUAAUGAAUAAUUCAGUAUUUGGAAAAACAAUAGAAAACAUAAGAAAAAGACAAAAUAUAAUACUUGUUGAUAAUCGUGAAAAAGCUUCAAAAUUAAUAAGUCGUCCAAACUUUGAUAGAGCAACAAUAUUUGACCGUAAUCUUAUUGCAGUUCAUAUGAAGAAAACUGAAGUAUACUUCAACAAACCAGUAUAUGUUGGACAAGCAAUUCUAGAUCUGUCAAAAACAUUAAUGUUCAAUUUUCAUUACAACUAUAUUCAAAAGAAAUAUAAACACAGGGCUGAGUUAUUGUUUACAGAUACCGACUCAUUGAUGUAUCAGAUUCAUACAGAUGAUUUUUAUAAAGAUAUAUCAAAAGAUAUAGAAACCAAGUUUGAUACGUCGGAUUAUCCUCCUGACUAUCCAUCUGGAAUACUAACAGGAGUUAAUAAGAAAGUGAUUGGUAUGUUUGAAGAUGAAGUAGCAGGAAAACAGAUUACUUAUUUUGUUGGAUUGCGACCCAAGCUAUAUAGUUUUAAAAUAGAGGAGAGUAAAGAAGUUCGUAAAUGUAAAGGUAUAAAGAAAAAUGUUGUAAAAAAGGGUUUAACAUUUGAAGACUAUGUCCAGUGUUUAUUUACUGGUGAAAAGCAAAUGAGAACUAUGAAAAUUAUAAGAAGUGAAAAUCAUGAUAUAUAUUCAAAAGAAGUUAAUAAAAUAGCUCUGAGUAAUGAAGAUGAUAAACGCAGUGUGAUGGAGGAUAAAGUAAAAACACUUGCUUUAAGAUAAUUAAAUGUGUUAUACAGAAGAGGAAAUAGAAAAAUAUUUAGAAAUAUUAAAGAAUUACAAUAAACAAACAGUAGAGGAUGAGAAUAGAAAAGUUAGAUGUAGGAAUUGUCAAAGCGAUAGUUUUUUUGUUGAAUCAGGUUAUAAUAUUUGUGAUUCUUGUGGGUCAACUAAUUGUCAUGUUCUUGGUUAUUUUGACUUGAAAGAGUACGAUCGAUUUCAUUUUCGAAAGAAGAGUAUUUAUCAGAGAAAGUAUCACUAUGAGAAAAAGGUUGAUCAAGUUUCUAAAAGUCUUCACCUGGCUGAGGAUGAAAAUUGUGAAUUGUACAAUAAACUAAUGAAUAUAGACGAACACGUCAUGGAAAUAUUAAACAAUCAAUUCUGUAGAAAGAGAAUGAUAAGUAUUUUUUAUCUAAUUAAGAAAUUCCUGGAAGAAAUGGCAAAUGAAAAGAGCAAACUAGUUUAUCUAAAGAUUUUCCCACAGACUCUGGUGAAUUAUGAAAAGUGGUGGAACAGUUAUAUUAACUUAAAGAAAUGA